UUACUUGUGGAAAAUUUUUAUAUAAACUUUAAAACUUAAUUUUUCUUCGUUAUUACCUAAUAAAAAUAAAAAUGCGUUUUCUAAUUUCUCUAUUCAUUUGUUUUAUUUUUUACGCAUUUUGUGAAAGUCGUACCACCGACUUACAUCGUUCUGAAGAACGAGCUGCAAUGGUUUGUACAAGAGAAGAUCCAGAACUCCCUGGCUGGUUUAUCUGCACUAAACAUGACUGUUCAAUAUUUAGCAAUAGAAUAGAAGAUGGAAAAAUUUUUUGCGUUGAUGAAAUUAGAAUAGAUGAUGUACCUCAUUACUUCUGUGCAACGAAAAUUCCAUUUUUCGAUGGACCAUGUACAGCCGCAGUGCAAAGAAUGACGCGUUACGGAAGCCUCGAUUCUGUAGAUUAAUUUUUUAAGAUGGUUCUAUUAUAUCUUAGAUGAAAUGUAUCUGUCGGAGUUGACAUGAUUAUAAAUAAAAUAAAAUUUCAUGUUAACUAUAAAAAUUAAUUCAUGUAUAUAUGUAUUUUAUGAAUAAAAAAUAAAUUAAUAAAAUAAUCAA